AUGUCUCUGCGCAAUGUACGUAAGCUUUAUGGUGCAACAGCUCUACCUCCUCCUAAUGAAAGUUCUGAUGAAGAGUAUGAACCUCUUUAUGCAAAAAAUUCUGCUCGUAGUGCUUAUGCAGGGUUGUUGUUGAGUUCAAGCUCAGAAGAUCAUGAAUCACCACUGGUUAGUGGAAAUAAUUCUGGAACUGAAGAUAUCAAAAAGAAAAAAAAGAAAAAGAAGAAGAAGCAAGAUAAAAUAAAACGAUCGCCACAGAAUUCUUUUAAUGGUGGCAAGUUGGAUGAGAUUGAUAAGUCCUUAAUGGAAGUCAAUGCACUGCUUGGUGAACCUGAGUUGGAAGCUUCAUCAGAGCCAAAAUUUAAACCGGACUUACUACAUACUCUUUUCUCGGUGAAAUAUAAACAUCUUAAUGUCUCCAACGAGCUAUUGAAAAUGUUUGGGCCGGAGACUCCCGAGGAGACACCACGACGCGUUGUUCAUGGCCGACAACCUAAUUUGAAACGUAUCCAGAAGUAUUCUAUCAUUCCUCAGGAAUUUAAUUUCAAGAAAUUGGGGUUGUCAAUGUCUGUUGAUCGCCGAGAUCAUGGCAUUAGCUACUUUGUCUAUGAUCAUAGCCGGGAAUACCAACGCGUUCACAAAGAAUUCAUGGUGAUGCUUACACAGAGGGCCACCCACCUCAUGACACCAUUUGAGACUUCUUUGAAAAACAUGCAUGUGGAAGGAUUGCUGGAGGCUUCCGAUGUAAUGUUCCGCUUAGAAGAUUACUCUGCUGGUAAUAAAAUAGUGGAACAAGUAAUAGCAUACAUGCAGUUUGUUGCACAUCCAUCAUUCAACGUCACCGAUAUGCGAGUACGUCUCGAGUACAAAUAUUUAGAGAACAGACCGUUCCACAUUGCAUUGCUGAAAUACUUACAUCUUCUUACAAAUAAGGCUUGCCAUCGCACAGCCCUUGAAAUAGCUAAGCUGAUGCUAAACUUGGACCCUUCCGAUCCUUUGGCGGUCAUCUUCAUUAUUGACACAGUUGCUCUCAGGGCUAGGGAACACCAAUGGCUUAUAGAUGCCAUAGAUUACCUGAAUAAGGAAAGGGAGGCCGGAUUCAUGUUUAAUAUUCAGUUCUCAUACGCCCUAGCGUAUUUCCAUAUUCUUACCAAGAACAAGCAAAGCAUUAAAAAAGCCGAUGAGCUACUUCAAAAGGCCAUGGCAGGGUUUCCUUGGGCCUUGAUGCAAAUACUGCACAGUGCCAACUACACUCCAGAUGAACGUCUAAGAGCUCAUCCGCUCUUUAAUAGCUACGCAUUUUCCACGACAUGUAAGAACCUCAAAGACCUUAUACUUCUGUAUGCCACCUUCACUGGAGCUCGUUGGCGUGAACCUCCAGUUAUGGAGUGGCUGAUACGGAACGCCAAUGAAUUGGCUGAUAGAUAUGACGUUGACCCAUCCAUCAAGGAGCAAACCCAGGGCCUGCAACAGGUGCGUCAGGUUCUAUUCCGCGGUUGGCCGGAGCAAGUCUAUCGUCACCUCAGUGUCAUCAAGACGCUCUCCAACCUGCUGGUUGAUGGGGCUGUGCCACGUGUAGCGGCCACACGCUGCUACGACCCGGUCCCGCCUCGCGACGGCGUCAACCGUUACGGCUACACCCUCAUACCACACACACACAUCAACCUCGGUAACGCUAUACUCACAGACUUCUUCACAUCGCUGUUACCGAACUACGACAUACCGCCCGAGGAUGAACAUCUGAACUACCGUUUCCGGCCAUCCAUACUAGAUUACCGUCUACCGCAAGAGAACAGAGCAGUCGAUUCCGAUGAUGGCGACGACGAGGGCGUCGGCCAGACGGAUUCAGACGACGAUUUUGAUUUGGACGACGACAAUGACGACGACCCAGAGAUCGUGAAUGCUGUGCGCGUGUUCGUGGACUCUGCUAACAUCGACUCCGACGACACUGACGAUUCCGACGACGCUGAAGACUCCGACGAUUACGACGACUCCGAUGACAUCGACGACGACGGAAAUGACACACCCGAUUAA